UGAUUUUAUUUUCCGUUGCCUUAAUUGUCCGCAAAAUGCCGUGCUUACAACAUCAUAGCUCUCUUGUUUCUCGCUGCUGUUGAGGCGCUGUACGAUCAGUCGCGGUGGGUGCGCGCUUGUCUAUUCUAUAUAUUAUAUCGAUGACAAUUAUACGAAUACUUGAGGCGCGUUCGCCACGGCGACACCGUGCUGCCACGGUAUCGACAACGCACGUGCGGCUCGCGGCGCGCACGGUGGUUUAGACGCGCACUGCGUUUGGCUGUAAAAACGAUCAAGCCAAGUAUGCUCUGAAGCGGACACAUCCUCGAUCGGACGAUCAGUUUUGGCGAUACUAUUUGUCACUUUCGCGUGACUUAGUACACGACGAGUUGGAUGUUUGGAGCGGUCUUGCCCAACUAGCCAAUCGGCCCAACUGGUUUUUCAGCUAACGAACCGGCGCGCACUGAAAGCGAUACCCACUGCACCGUCGAAGCUGCUCAGCGGCCUGCCUGAAGCAGCUGCUGUCGCUUCAAGCUCAGCAUGAAUACUUUCGUCAAGUCUUUAGUGGUGUGUGCCUGCUUCAGUUUUCUCCUCAGUCUGGCACAUGCUUUUGAUGACGAAUUUGAAAAAAAAUGGAAAAAACACAGGACUGCAUUGCCUCCUGCAACAAUCUUCAUAAUCUUUGUCGCGGUGACAGUUGCAGCAGGUUGUAUCAGCAUAUUCUGUGCCUGCCUUCGACGACAACACAGCCUGUAUAAUGCCAGUCCCCGCAUUCCGCCUCCGCUGGCGCCGGCUGCUCCUGUGGUGACAUCGGGGGCAAGGAUGCACUCUUCCCUUGAAGCAUAUCCCCUAGUUUCUGGAGGAGCACCAUCACCUCCAGCCACGUCAUAUCCCCAACAGACUUACCACCCCCAGCCGACUGCACCAUUCCCGCAGGAAGGCCCCUGCAUGGGUGACUAUGCAGCACCACUGGUACAACCGUCUGCUGCACCUUUGCCAUCGCCAUAUGCACCAUUUGAUCCACCACCACCUUAUAUCGAUCCCCCUGCAGUGAAUUUCACGAAAUCGUAGAUAAGCUAGCACAGCCGUGAAUGGUGAUCGCACAUGUGUUGACUCGCUGCGGUGGCUGAGUGGCUGUGGCAUUCUCUUGCCGAGCACGAGGUCGUGGGUUCGAGCCCUGGCCACAUUCUAAUGAGGGCGGAGUGAAAAAGCAGUUGUGUACUUAGACUUUUGUACAUACAGGAGAACCCCAGGUGGUGAAAAUCACUUCAAAGGUUGCUUCUGGUGUUUCAGAGCUUGUUACCGCAUAAACAUGGGAAAAAUUGUGCCAAACACCA